AAUUUAACUCCCCGCCAGAGAUAUUCACCCGCAAAUUCGUCAAAACCAUGUCCUAACGCCUUUUGUAUUGCUUGUGCUGGGCCUCAAUGCAGCAUAACUGACUUUAUAACACAACUGAAGGAUAAGAUUCUCAGAUGUCCCAAGAAUCCCCAGCCGAAUAUGCAAUACAAGAAAAGUUUGUACGUUUGUGUCAAAAUUGCUUUGAAAAACUUAAAGAAAUCCUGUAAUGAAUAUGCUUCCAUGGCAAUUCAUUUAAUUGAAAGAUGGGCGUAUUUCGAUACCUAUUGUCCACUUGCUUAUAUCUUAGAACAUAUGUCACCACUAUCAGGCGAGAUAUUGAGAAGAUUUCGAAGGAUUCGUUACUACCCCUUGAGGCUGCUCAAGUGUUGGAAAAUGCAAUAGAAUUCUUAUCAAGAUUCUCGUUGAUUACCAUUAGACAUGUCGGGAAUUAUUCCAGGAAGAUUGGAAUGGAUGCAGAAAUUCAUCGUCUUGUUCAAAGCACAAUAAGAUUAAUACAAGUGGAUAAAAACCGAGAACAAAAGAUAUUGGACGACCUCAUCAGUUGCCAAGAUUACCCAGAGUCUUUGGGUGGCCUUACAUACGUGGUUGUUUGGUCACAUGCAGCAAAUCAUGAGGGACUGAUUAGAAACUAUGUCAUGGAGAAGGGAUCAUUUAGAAAUAUGGUGCAUUUCGGAUUUUUUACAGAAGUAAGGAACAUCAUUAAAUUACUUGGUGAUAGUAAUUCAGCAAGCAACAUACUUCAAAUCGAACCAACAAUGUAUAAAAAAGAAAUGGCUUGCAAUCUGCUGUAGAACAUGAUUUUAAAGAUCUUGGACGAGAUUUUGUACGAUUAAUUAAAGCCAAUCGAAAUCACAUUUCCGAAGAUGUCUAGAAGACGGGGAUAAAAGUGACACUAAUAUUUUGCAUAGAAAGACUGAAUCUGGAGGUUUUUACCGAAUUGGUGGAUGAGUUGGUCUUGGACGUGAAUUAUUUAUCAAGCAGCAGUGGCAUAUAUCAGUCCAAUAAUUUACUCUUUAAAGCCAUUCUUAGUGGGAACAUGGAUGUUGCAAAAUAUUUAGUGGAAAAAAAUAUCAGUCCUUUUAUCAAUGGGAAAUACGGCAAAUCAGUUUUACACGCCAUUGGUACAAUAUGGGAGGAGAGAGAAGAAAUUAUAUCUCUCGCAUUUCAAAUUGUCUCAGUACAUCCAAAAUUGGUAUAUGAAAAGAAUACGACUGGAGAAUUAGCUUUUAUGACUGCGGCAAAAUAUGGAUGUCCAAAUAUCCUUAACUUUUUAUUGAACAAUAUGGAGGAUGCGAAAGCCUACAUUAAUUGUACCGAUAAAGGGGGAUGUACGGCACUGAUGUUGGCCAUUCAAAACUGUAAGCAGAGACCAAUGUUGGAAGUGAUCGAAGUGUUAAUAAAUUACGGCGCAAAUAUCCAUUACGUGAACACUAACAACUUAUGGAAUGCGUGGCAUUUUGCAACUCGACCAGCGUUUGGCUGCAGAAACCCUUUUAAAAUAGAUUUUAGACCGUACUUUAUUCUUACGCUCUUGGUGAACCAUGAUGUUGACUUUAAGUUUUCAGAUGAGAAUGGCGACACAUUUUUGCACGUGAUGAUGAAACACUGUACGUUUGGAUCUAGCGUGGAGAGCGUUGUCACAGACAUGUAGGAAUUCCUCGUUUCAAAUAACUUGUGCGAAAUAUUUGCCUGUCAAAAUGGCGACGGACUGACUGUUGUCCAGUUGCCUGAAAAACUUAAAAUUCCUGAAAAUGACUGUUCGGAGGAAGAAAAAUCUUCGAUUAGCUCCGAUGACGAAGCUUAUCACAAAGCAUUAGUGCUAAAGCUUAACGUUGUGAUUGAAUUUAUUGGACGGCUAAAAGGUCUUCCAUGUUCCAGGCCCAUCCAAAAAUAUGCUGUGCAUUCGGUGAAUCCACGAAUGCAAUCAUCUCAACCUAGAAAGUGCACUAUGUCAAAAAAUCGAAAGGAAAAAUACAAAUAUCCAGCAACCGACGAUUAUAGAACGGAAAGCUUUUCUGCCUAUUGCAAAGCCUAAUGAAAAUUUCACCGGUAGAAAUCAACUGAUUGACGACGUUGUCAAGUCACUAACAUCCCGAAGUAAGAAUUCGAAAGGAGAAAUUAGGUUUCCUCUUGUAAAUCUCUACGGUCCGGAUGGAUACGGGAAAACACAAAUAGCUCAACGAAUCGCAGAGCAGUGCAUCCAAGAUGACCUAUUUUCUGACAUAGUGUGGAUAGAUGCUGAAAAAGAAUUUGGGAUCAGACAUAGAGUCGCGAUGGAAUUAGAACAUCAAGGAAUUAGAAAUCUUCAAGGAAAUAGUGGAAUAUUACUUAUCAAUAAGCUUUACGAUUUAAUAGUAUCCAAAACCCUUGCAACGUUGGUCGUGUUUGACAAUAUGGAGGGAUUUGAGAACAUUCAGAUGUAUUUGCCGCUUAAUAGAAAUGUGGAUAAUAUGGCUAUUCUAUUAACAUCUGUGAACGAGGUCACGUUACCACUUGGACAUGGAGAAAUUGGCACAUUUCAAGUUGAUCUUUUAGAAGAUGACGAAGCUAAAGAACUUGUAGCUAGCACACUUAAUCAUUCCACUGAUUAUACCGAAAACGAGAUUUCCUUUCUUGUCUCUGAGUCUGGACGAGUACCAAUAAUUUUAAGCAUCAUGGCAGGAACCAUCGCCUUUGCUGGCUCUGCAUAUUCGAUAACCAAGUUCUUGCAUGAAAUUGAAGCUGAAAAACAAUCAAGACAUUCGAAAAAUCCUAGCACCCAAGAAAAUUUGAACUUCAAAUACCAAGAAAUAAUGUACGCUUGUGUCAAGAUUGCUAUUAGAAAAUUAAAAGAAUCGCCAAAUAAGUACGCUUCGAUCGCAUUAAAGUUUUUUGAAGGAUGUGGUUAUUUCAACAAUAUCUGUCCAUUUGAUUUUAUACUGAAGAAGGUCCCCGCCAUUAUACAGGAUAGUGAGAGAAUACUGGAAGAGUCUCCAUCUCCUCUUGAACCAAAACAGAUGCUUAAACGUGCGAUCAAGCUGUUGUCAAAAUUCUCGUUGGUCAAUUACGAAGCCGAUAAUGAUUCCAGUGUAGAAAUACAUCGUCUUGUUAAAAAUAUUGUAGGACUUAUACAACAAGACGAACAACGAGAACGCGAUAUAUUGGAUGAGCUUAUCGGCUGUGGGGAUUUCUCAGAAUACUUUGAUGUUUGGAAUGCAGAAAUGUACCUGUUCUUUGGUCACAUACGUUAAACUAUGAGGACUUGAUUAGAAAGUACUUCCCGCUGAAAGGAUCGAUAAAAACAAUGAUUAAUCACGGAUUUCCCAGUCAUGCUAAGAGGAUCCUUGAGUUACUCGAAGAUAAUGAUUCAGCACUCGAAAUCAUUAACUUGGAAUGGGUGCAUCCAUUUGUUAGAUCUUGUGGGUAUGGAUUAGAUGUCACUCGAACUGGAUUGGAGUCAGCUUUAGAAAAUGAUUUCGCCGGUCUUGGGAAAUAUAUGAUUCGACUACUUAAACAUAAUCGGAGUAAUAUUGAACAACAGGUAUGGGACGAUGGGAUAAAAAGUGCCUUAUUUUUUUCCCAAAAAUAUAUGGCUCUAGAAAUUAUGACUGAGCUGGUGGAAGGAUUAGCUCUGGACUCUAAUUUCUUGUCGAGUUGUAUUAACGAACGUGACAAGAAUUCAUUACUUUUGGGAGCGAUACACUUGACAAAAUUUAAGAUUGCGAAGUAUUUGUUAGAGAAAAAUGCAAAUCCUUAUACGAGAGGGCACCAUGGAUACACUGCGUUACAUAUAUUAGGAAUAAAAUGGAACGAACACGAAAUGGAAUCGCCACAUUGUUUAGCAACCCAACUUAUAUCAAAAUAUCCGAGCUUAUUAUACGAAAAAGAUGACGAGGGAAAUCUACCUUUUAUGAAGGCAGCAUAAUUUGCAAAUGGGAGUGCGCUAAAGUUUCUUCUAAGCAAUAUGCCAGACGCAAAUUCUAUAAUUGAUUAUACCAACGGAGAUGGAGAUACUGCGUUGAUGCUGGCAAUUCUAAAUAUUAAGUCUAGACCAGUAUCAAAUGUGAUUCAGGUUUUGCUGAGUUAUGGGCAGAGCCGUACCAUGAAAUUACCGGGCCUGGUAUGUUUUUGGGCACCGGGCCCUUUCAUGAGUUCAAUAUAUUCGAUAUUAUUUAAUUCAUUUUGGCUAUACAAUACCAAGAGGUUAAUUAAAAGUUCAUGCAUAUAUCGCCCUUUUCAUACAAAUAUUUUUUUAUUUGCCGAAUUGAAAUAGAAAAUUUAAUUACAAGUAUAGGUAAGUUUCAUAUUUCUAGCUCUGUAUUCAGUAUUGUGGCAUAUGUAUUUACAUAGUUGCCGUCAAAAUUUUUUACAAAUUUAUUUGUCGUUUGUCAGCUUUUGAAUUUCAAAAAAUUCUAGGACUAAAAUUAGGUACCACGAAAAUGCAAUUUCGAAAAUCCCAUCCCAUUUAAUUCCACGAAUAUACAUUUUUGAUUUCUGCAAUCACAUAAUGCAAAAUUUUGAAAAGAUUUUAUGAAACCAGCGUUCUGUCUUCAAAUAACUGUCAAGUCCAACAAAAUGCUCAGAUUAAAAAUCAAUGUAAAAAUAUGAGUCUGCAGGAAUAAAUUCGUCGCUGGCAUUAAAGUAAAUUAUUCAGAAUAUUCUAAAUCCUUUUUAUACGGACAACAAGAAUUUAAGGAAAUUGGAAAUUUAUCAUAGAACCGUGAGAUUCAAAUGAAUUAUUCCGCAAUUAUUA